CUCUGUCCGAUCGGAGGAGCUCGGCACUUCUUUAUCAAAGACAUAUCAUCUGUCCUGGAGUUCCUGCCGGUCAGUCUGAGACUGGGAGGGGGUGAGGACCAUGCCGCUGGCCCGCUCCUGGUGAGGAAAAGAUGGAGGAGCUGCUCGUGCCACCGGGACCGGACAGUUUCCGUGCGUUCCGCUCCGAGUCUCUUCAAGCCAUCGAGCGGCGGAUCGCCGAAGUGAGCAAGAAGAAGCCGAAGGGCGAGAAGAGGCGGCGAGUGGAGGAGGAUGGGCCCAAACCCAGCAGUGACCUGGAGGCGGACAGCUGCCUGCCCAUCAUCUACGGGGACAUCCCCAAAGGCUUGGUGUCCACGCCCCUGGAGGACAUGGACCCCUACUACCGCAACAAGAAGACCUUCAUAGUGUUGAACCGAGGGAAGGUGAUCUUCCGUUUCAAUGCUACGUCCUCCCUCUACCUGCUGAGCCCCUUCAACCUGCUCCGGAGGAUAUCCAUCAAGAUCCUGGUCCACUCAUUGUUUACCAGGUUGAUCAUGUUGACCAUCAUCACAAACUGUGGCUUCAUGACCCAGAACAAGCCCUCUGACUGGGCCAAGUACAUGGAGUACACAUUUACUGGCAUCUAUACGUUUGAAUCCCUGGUGAAGAUCUUCGCUCGAGGCUUCUGUGUCGGGGAGUUCACCUUCCUCAGGGACCCCUGGAACUGGCUGGACUUCAGCGUGAUCACCAUGGCGUAUGUUACUGAGUUUGUAAACCUAGGCAGUGUGUCAGCUCUUCGCACAUUCAGAGUGCUGAGAACUUUAAAAACUAUUUCAGUUAUCCCAGGGCUGAAGACCAUCGUGGGCGCCCUGCUGCAGUCGGUGAAGAAGCUGUCAGACGUCAUGAUCCUCACGGUCUUCUGCCUGAGUGUGUUCGCCCUCAUAGGGUUACAGCUCUUCAUGGGACACUUGAAACAGAAGUGCAUAUUGAUACCGGACAACGCCACCGUCCAAAGCGAGACCUUUAACUGGACCGAGUACCAUCUGAACGAAUCGCAUUAUUACUUCCUCCCCGACGCUAAGGACCCUCUUCUCUGUGGAAACGGCUCGUCGGUCGGGCAUUGCCCCGAAGGCUUUGUGUGCAUCCGAUUCGGCAGGAACCCAAACUAUGGCUACACCAGCUUUGACUCCUUCGCCUGGGCCUUCCUGUCUCUGUUCAGACUAAUGACUCAGGACUACUGGGAGCUGCUCUACCAGCAGACACUCCGGACAGCUGGGAAACCCUACAUGAUCUUUUUUGUCCUGGUCAUAUUCCUGGGCUCCUUCUACCUCAUCAACCUGAUCCUGGCUGUGGUAGCCAUGGCCUACGAUGAGCAGAACCAGGCCACCAUCCAAGAGGCUCUGGAGAAAGAGGAGAAGUACCAGGCUAUGCUAGAACAGAUAAGAAAGAAGGAAGAAGAUGCUCAGACAGCAGCGGGGGGAGGUGCGGGGGAGACGGGUGAGGCAGGGGACAGAGGGGGAGUCACGGAGAGCUCCUCCAACGCCUCUAAACUCAGCUCCAAAAGUGCCAAGGAGAGACGCAACAGACGCAAGAAGAGGAAGGAAGACGACGGUAGAGAAACGCUACCCAGAUCAGCGUCAGAAGACAGUAUGAAGAAGAUCCGCUUCCAGCUAUCCAAGGAUCCCGACCUUCACAUCUACGACUUGAACUGCUCAUCUGCCCCUCAGUCCUUCCCGGGCUCCCGGGGCAGUAGGGCCAGCCUUUUCAGUGUCAGGAGCCCCGCCCCGGACCUCGUCUCCCAGAAUGAGUUUGCGGACGACGAGAACAGCAUUUUCGACGACAACUGUAGUUGGAAGGGCUCCCUGUUCAGCCCCCCGGCCGGCGAGAGGCAGGGCAGCGCUGGCAGUCAGAGGAGCUUCUUCUCCCACGGUCUGUUCCCCCGUGCUGGGAUGAAGCACAGCUCAGUAGACCGCAGCGGGGGGGUGUCCCUGGUGGGCUCUCUGCCCUCCACCCCCCUGGGCCGCCUGCUGCCUGAGUUGAGGCUAGAUAUGUUCAGGACCGAGGCCAACGGUGACACAAUGGAAACAGAAUACAGGACAGGAAGACUGAAUUCGUACCCAGAGUCUGUGGACUACAUGGAAGGCCCAAAGGCCAGACAGCGAGCCCUCAGUGUGGCUAGUGUUCUGACCAACACCAUGGACGAAGAGUCAAGGCAGUUGGCACGCUGGUACCAGUUUGCACAAACCUACCUAAUCUGGGAAUGUUGUCCCGCUUGGAUAAAGAUGAAGACAAUAGUCAGGCUGGUGGUCAUGGACCCCUUUGUAGACUUGGGGAUCACCAUAUGUAUCGUAGUGAACACACUGUUCAUGGCCAUCGAACAUCACCCCAUGAGCAAGGGCUUCUCAGAUAUGCUCUCUGUAGGGAACCAGGUGUUUACUGGGAUAUUCACAGCUGAAAUGGUGGUGAAGAUCAUAGCCUUGGACCCCUACUAUUAUUUCCAGCAGAGCUGGAAUAUUUUUGACAGCGUCAUUGUCAGUUUGAGCUUGAUGGAGCUCGGAUUGGCCCAGCUUCCUGGAAUGUCUGUUCUUAGGUCAUUCCGAUUGCUAAGGGUAUUCAAGCUGGCAAAGUCCUGGCCUACCCUCAACAUGCUGAUCAAAAUCAUUGGCAACUCCGUGGGGGCCUUGGGCAACCUCACACUGGUGUUAGCCAUCAUCGUCUUCAUCUUCGCAGUGGUUGGCAUGCAGCUCUUUGGAAAGAACUACAUGGACUGCGUGUGCAAGAUCAACAAGGACUGUAAGCUGCCGCGCUGGCACAUGAACGACUUCUUCCACUCGUUCCUCAUCGUGUUCCGCGUGCUCUGCGGCGAGUGGAUCGAGACCAUGUGGGACUGCAUGGAGGUGGCGGGCCAGCGCAUGUGCCUGGUGGUCUUCAUGAUGGUCAUGGUGAUAGGUAACCUGGUGGUCCUGAACCUCUUCCUGGCUCUGCUGCUGAGCUCCUUCAGUGCAGACAAUCUGGCGGGAAACGACGAGGACAGCGAGAUGAACAACCUGCAGGUAGCCAUCGGACGGAUCCAGAACGGGGUCGCUUGCACCAAGUCCUUCCUGCGCCGCACCUUCUGCCGAAUGUCCCUCCACAAGAAACGGAAGAAGAAGAUGAUGGGAGUGGACGGGCUCCCCAACAUCAAGGACUUCCCCAACAGCAACGGGGACAUCACCGGGGUGGAUAAGAACGGAGACAAGUACAUCGUCAACAGCAUGAGCGAAGGCUCCUUCAUCCACAACCCCGCCCUCACCGUGGUGGUACCCAUCGCUGUGGCCGAGUCCGACUUCGAACACCUGUACACGGACGACAUUAGCAGUGAUUCCUUUGAGUUGGAAGACGACAAAGCGGCCUCAGACGAGGAGGAGCAGAGCUCGUCGGAGGGCAGCACGGUGGACCUUGGGGGCCCGAGGGACGGGGCCGGCUCCCUGGAGCUGGAGUUUGAGGAGGAGGAGCCCGAGGCCUGCUUCACGGAGGGGUGCAUCAGGAGGUUCCCUUGCUGCCAGGUGGCAGUGGAGUCCGGGCUCUGGAGGAUGUGGUGGACGCUGAGGAAGACCUGCUUCCGCAUCGUGGAGCACAACUGGUUUGAGAGCUUCAUCAUCUUCAUGAUCCUGCUGAGCAGCGGGGCGCUGGCCUUUGAAGAUGCCUACAUUGAGCAGAAAAAAACAAUCAAGGUUGUGCUGGAGUUUGCAGAUAAAAUCUUCACCUACAUCUUCAUCUUGGAGAUGUUGUUGAAGUGGGUGGCGUACGGCUUCGCUAAAUACUUCACCAACGCCUGGUGCUGGCUGGACUUCCUCAUCGUGGACGUCUCUCUGGUCAGCCUGGCAGCCAACGCCAUGGGGGCCUCUGACAUCGCUGCCAUCAAGUCCCUGCGGACGCUGAGGGCCCUUAGGCCCCUGAGGGCCCUGUCGCGCUUCGAGGGCAUGAGGGUGGUGGUGAACGCCCUGCUGGGGGCCAUCCCCUCCAUCUUCAACGUACUGCUGGUGUGUCUGAUCUUCUGGCUGAUCUUCAGCAUCAUGGGCGUCAACAUGUUCGCUGGGAGGUUCGGCCUCUGCACCAACACCAGCAGCGGCCUCCCCUUCCCCAUCGACGAGGUGAACAACCAGUUGCAGUGCAUCAACAGCUCCAACGCCGUCUGGACAUACGCCAAGAUCAACUUUGACCACGUGGGAGCCGGCUACCUGGCUCUGCUGCAAGUGGCGACCUUCAAAGGCUGGAUGGACAUCAUGUAUGCGGCGGUGGACUCCCGCGGGCCAGAUGAGCAACCCGUUUACGAGAUCAACCUGAAGAUGUAUCUUUUCUUCGUGAUCUUCAUCAUAUUCGGAGCGUUCUUCACACUCAACCUUUUCAUCGGCGUCAUCAUUGACAAUUUCAAUCAGCAAAAGAAAAAGUUUGGGGGUCAGGACAUCUUCAUGACGGAGGAGCAGAAGAAAUACUACAACGCCAUGAAGAAGCUGGGCUCCAAGAAGCCCCAGAAGCCCAUCCCAAGGCCAACGAACAAGCUCCAAGGAUUAGUCUUUGACUUGACGACCAAGCAAGCCUUUGACAUUCUGAUCAUGGUGCUGAUCUGCCUGAACAUGAUCACCAUGAUGGUGGAGACAGAAGAUCAAAGCCAACAGAAGAUCGCCGUCCUCCACUGGAUCAAUGUGUUCUUCAUCAUCAUCUUCGCGGCCGAGUGCGUGCUGAAGAUGCUGGCGCUUCGCCACCACUACUUCACCGUGGGCUGGAACGUCUUCGACUUCAUCGUGGUCGCCCUGUCCAUCGUUGGCAUGUUCCUGUCAAAAAUUAUCGAGGACUAUUUUGUUUCACCGACUUUGUUCCGAGUCAUUCGAUUGGCUCGGAUUGGCCGCAUCCUCCGCCUCAUCAAAGGCGCCAAGGGGAUCCGCACGCUGCUGUUCGCUCUGAUGAUGUCACUUCCAGCUCUGUUCAACAUCGGCCUCCUCCUCUUCCUCGUCAUGUUCAUCUACGCCAUUUUCGGCAUGUCCAACUUCGCCUACGUCAAGAAGGAGAAGGGCAUCGACGACAUGUUCAACUUCGAGACGUUCGGCAACAGCAUGAUCUGCCUGUUCCAGAUCACCACGUCGGCGGGCUGGGACGGGCUCCUGGCACCACUGCUCAACAAGGUGCCCGACUGCGACCGGCAGAAAGAGCACCCGGGCAGCGCCCAGACGGGCGACUGUGGGAACACCUUCGUGGCCAUCACCUUCUUCGUCAGCUACAUCAUCAUCUGCUUCCUCAUCGUGGUCAACAUGUACAUCGCCGUCAUCCUGGAGAACUUCGGCGUGGCAACGGAGGAGAGCACCGAGCCGCUGAGCGAGGACGACUUCGAGGUGUUCUACGAGGUGUGGGAGCGCUUCGACCCGCAGGCCACCCAGUUCAUGGAGUACAACAAGCUGUCGGACUUCGCCGACUCCCUGGACCCCCCGCUGCGCAUCGCCAAGCCCAACAAGAUCCAGCUGAUCUCCAUGGACAUGCCCAUGGUCAGCAGCGAGCGCAUCCACUGCCUGGACAUCCUGUUCGCCUUCACCAAGCGCGUGCUGGGCGAGGGCGGGGAGAUGGACAUGUUGAGAGGGCAGAUGGAGGAACGCUUCAUGGCCUCCAACCCCUCCAAGAUGUCCUACGAACCAAUCACGUCCACCCUUCGUCGCAAACAGGAAGAGAUGUCAGCCGUGGUGAUUCAGAGAGCAUACCGGCAGCACUUGGAGAGCCAGACUCCCCUCAACACUCCCCCCUACCCCCUCGACCGCGGGGACCAUGAGGAAACCGCCGUCAUGGACAAGGAGAGGAUUAUUACAGAUUACAAAUGCAAUGACGAUUGCGUGAUGGAUAAAAAUGACACAAAGCCCUCGGCUAUCUCACCGAUCUCACAUAACAGCUCGACCGUGGAGCUGGACAAAGACAAAUAUGAAAAAGACAAAAGUGAAAAGGAGGUUUUGGGGAAGGAUGUGGAGGCGCAGGGAAAGUAAAUCAUUUGUGUGAUGACCUAUUGUUUACAUCCUCCGUAGGUGAUGAGUGAUCCACUGGAUUUCCUUAUCAAGGAAAGAUCUGGACGCCAAACGGCAUCUUGUAACCCAACUCACGGUCCAGAAUCAGUUCUGAGUUAAGAGCAGUUCAGCUCCUGAUUAUAACUGCAGGCCGUGCCCAUAUUGGGGCAUUUUUUAAAAUGUUAUUCCAUAUACAAAUAUUGUGCUGCAAUUCAGUGUCUGGAAUAGUUUUAAUAUCGGUUGGAUUACUGAGUUGAACAAAUAUUUCAUUUAACAUUGUCCGCAUCAUUUGGUUUGUUUUGGUUUUUUUAUUAAAUGUGAUAAAUGCUUCCUUUGAGGAAGAUCUUGCUUCAUACAGUAAAGGUUUAAGUCUUGUUGAUAUACAUCCAGUUUUAAUGAUUUAAGUUUUCCAAAUAUUGGUAAAAUCCAGAGGACAGGAAAUAUACACUUGCAUGAACACUCUUCCAUGAUUAUGCUUAGGUUUAGGAUCAACAUGGUUAUUCCAAGAUUCAUAACCCAUCAUAUAUCUGUCAUGCUUAGAUUUAAAAGCAUGUUUCUCCAUCAUGUAAAAAAGUAAAAACUGUAAUCUGUAAUUGGCUUUUUUCUUUUUUUUUCAUCAAAAUAAUUGCACAUUAUUUUCUAUGAAUGUCAUUAUAUGGUAACUGCUGGAACAUUGGGCUACUUUUGUGUUAUGCCCUGAGCUCUUUCUAUUUAUCAAAGCGUUUAAUGUCAUUAAGUGGUAGCUGCUGGUACAUUGGGCUGAUAUUGUGUUAGGACCUGAGAUAUUUGGAUUGAUCAAAGCUGCAUCUGUAAUCGGUCACAGAAGACCGCAUCUCUACACUGAGAUUGAACCCUCCGAAGUACAGUUUAAAUAUCUAUGCACCUUUUCCAAUGAGACACUUCAGGUUUUUUCUCUUUUUUAUUUAAUGCUUCAACACUUUGGACACAUUUUGAAGUAGGAUAUUCAUGUAUCAGUAAAAUGUAUGCAUUGCUUAUUGUGUGUGGUAUGAAAUGCAUAUAAUUAAUAAUCUGUUGUGUUACUGACAUACAAGGAUGUCAUACUGAUGUAACUGAGCCCCAAGUGGGCCUGAGUGUAAUAUACCCAUGCCAAUAUUGAUACUGUUAUAUGAAUGAAACAUGUUCAGUGGAUAUAUCCUUGCGUUGAAUAGCUGACUACUGUGUUACUUAAGAUUGCAAUGAUGUCUAAAGCAUAGAAGCCAGCAAGAGCCCCAAACAAACAUAACAACAAAUACAAGAACAACAAGGGUUUUUGGGGCGAUUGGACUCUGAAUGUGUUUCUAAAUAACACUAAGCUUGAGGGCGGAUCUUUAUCAUACCCCCCCCCCCCCCCCCCCCCCCAGACCUCAAGGGGCAGCAUCACGCAUCAUACCCCCCCCACACACACACACACAUACACAUAUACACACACACACACAUCUCUACUUCCUACUUUUGUUUACACUCACUAUGAAGGAGGUCCCUCUAUAUUUUUAUAGUGGUUCAUACGUGACAUCAUCCUGUUGCAUGAUAUCGUCCUGUUUAUGUAACGUGCUAAUUCCACAUUUGAUUCACGUGUCAAAACGUUGCAUAGAAUUAUAGUUAAUUACACAUUACAUUUGAAAGUUUUCGUUACAUUGAAUUUAGGGUUAUUGCUUGCCAUAUAUCCGGUAAACGCAUGCAAAAUAUUGCUACCAUAAUGAUAAUUUAAUAAUAAUAUAAUAUAUAAUAAUAUAUAUAUUAUAUCACUGAAAAGCCAAAAUAAUAAAGAGGACAUGUACCUAAACUAA